AACAAUUCAAACGCGAAACAGCACAAUCUUAUUUUCCAAUCCCAUCCAAACAAUCUUUUUGUGGUCGCUUUUUCCCUCCUCGAUAAUUUUUUCCGCACAUCCAACCUCAACACAACGAUGGUCGUGACCGUUUUGUGGACAACAUCUUGGCUGGUUCCAAUAAUCUCCCUCACUGUGUUAUGCGUUGGUGUGAUUUUCCUCCUGUUUUAUUUAUGUAUCCAAAAACGCGAAAAUCGGAAAACUUUCCAUUUAUCUAACAGUUCAUUAAGCAAGUUAAUGAUUUUCCGAAAAUGCGAGACAAGCUCGUCGAAUCUGCCCGUCCUUCAGGAAAACAGGGAUUUGAUGGAUUCGGUUGAUAUUUCAGACAGAUUCACGUCGUCGAAAUUGAAAAUCGACGAUUUGGAGGAUUUCGAUGAGGUGAAGUCGUGCGAUAGCACCGAUUCGAGAUUUACAUUUUAUUCAACAUAUCCCGGGUUCGGCCGGUCUGACUCGACCGCCUCCGAAUACAAAAGCACCAGGGAGUCGUUUAAUAAAACCAAGUCGUUCUCCAGUUUUGUGAAAUAGAUCGCCAAAAUUUUUGGCGUUCUUUUGAAUUAUUUAUUAUGCAAUGUCUUGUGUAUAAUUAUUCCUGCGAAAAAUAAAAUUCUUAACCUUUCAAA